CUCCGGAUCUGCUCUUCUCCUCCAGGCGCUCGCGUGCCGGACGGGGGUGGCGAGAGCGAGGAAGCAGCUGGAGGUGACGCCGGGCGGAUAAGCCUGUGACAGAGCACAGCGGAGCCGGGAGGAUCGCUGGACGCUGCGCAGACGAACGAACGGCUGGAGCGUCCGGCUUGCGGUCACCGAACCGAGCCUAUUCCUGCGCCCGACUGGCCGAGGACCCCGGAGAGCAGAGGCCCCGGGACGACCAGGCUGAUGGCGUCUUCGACCCCUUCUUCGUCCGCAACCUCCUCGAACACGGGAGCAGAUCCCAAUACCACUAACCUGCGCCCCACAACCUAUGACACCUGGUGCGGUGUGGCCCACGGAUGCACUAGAAAACUGGGGCUGAAGAUCUGCGGCUUCUUGCAGAGGACCAACAGCCUGGAAGAAAAGAGCCGGCUUGUGAGUGCCUUCAAAGAGAGACAGUCUUCCAAGAAUCUGCUUUCCUGUGAAAACAGCGACCGCGAUACCCACUUCCGGCGCACGGAGACGGACUUCUCUAACCUGUUUGCUCGAGAUCUGCUUCCAGCUAAGAAUGGGGAGGAGCAAACUGUGCAGUUCCUACUGGAAGUGGUGGACAUACUCCUCAAUUACAUCCGCAAGACGUUUGAUCGCUCCACCAAGGUGCUGGAUUUCCACCACCCACACCAGUUGCUGGAAGGCAUGGAGGGUUUUAACUUGGAGCUCUCUGACCACCCCGAGUCCCUGGAGCAGAUUCUGGUUGACUGCAGAGACACCUUGAAGUACGGGGUGCGGACAGGUCACCCUCGAUUUUUCAACCAGCUUUCCACCGGACUAGAUAUCAUUGGCUUAGCUGGAGAAUGGCUGACAUCAACUGCCAAUACCAAUAUGUUUACAUAUGAAAUUGCACCAGUGUUUGUCCUCAUGGAGCAAAUAACACUUAAGAAGAUGAGAGAGAUAGUUGGAUGGUCAAGUAAAGAUGGUGAUGGGAUAUUUUCUCCUGGGGGAGCCAUAUCCAACAUGUACAGCAUCAUGGCUGCUCGCUACAAGUACUUCCCGGAAGUUAAGACAAAGGGCAUGGCGGCCGUGCCCAAACUGGUCCUCUUCACCUCAGAACACAGUCACUAUUCCAUAAAGAAAGCUGGGGCUGCACUGGGCUUUGGAACUGACAAUGUGAUUCUGAUAAAGUGCAAUGAAAGGGGGAAGAUAAUCCCAGCUGAUUUAGAGGCAAAAAUUCUUGAAGCCAAGCAAAAAGGAUUUGUCCCUCUUUAUGUCAAUGCAACUGCUGGCACGACUGUUUACGGAGCUUUUGAUCCAAUACAGGAGAUCGCAGAUAUUUGUGAGAAAUAUAACCUUUGGCUGCAUGUCGAUGCUGCCUGGGGCGGUGGGCUGCUCAUGUCCAGGAAGCACCGCCAUAAACUCAGCGGCAUAGAAAGAGCCAACUCAGUCACCUGGAACCCGCACAAGAUGAUGGGCGUGCUGCUCCAGUGCUCGGCGAUUCUCGUCAAGGAAAAGGGGAUACUCCAAGGAUGCAACCAGAUGUGUGCCGGGUACCUCUUCCAGCCAGACAAGCAGUAUGAUGUCUCCUACGAUACUGGCGACAAGGCAAUUCAGUGUGGCCGCCAUGUGGACAUCUUCAAGUUCUGGCUGAUGUGGAAAGCAAAGGGCACCGUGGGAUUUGAAAAUCAGAUUAACAAAUGCCUAGAACUGGCUGAGUACCUCUAUGCCAAGAUUAAAAACAGAGAAGAAUUUGAGAUGGUUUUUGAUGGUGAGCCUGAGCACACAAACGUCUGUUUCUGGUAUAUUCCACAAAGCCUCCGAGGUGUUCCAGACAGCCUUGAGCGACGGGAAAAACUGCACAGGGUGGCCCCAAAGAUCAAAGCCCUCAUGAUGGAGUCAGGCACAACCAUGGUUGGCUACCAGCCUCAGGGGGACAAGGCCAACUUCUUCCGGAUGGUCAUCUCAAACCCUGCUGCCACCCAGUCUGACAUCGACUUCCUCAUUGAAGAGAUAGAAAGACUGGGCCAGGAUCUGUAGUUGCUCUUUGCCAAACAGGAGUUUAUAGGAAUGCCCUUUCCCCUUGGCACUCUAGAACAAACCUAAGUUACUGAAACACAUAGGCCACUUCAUUGAAGGAAAAUAUAAUACCCUGAAGAAUACUUGUUUCAACCUUAUUAAGCUUGUUUGUUAGCAGGAAAUACUGUUCUUUUUAAAAAGUUGCACAUUAGGGACACAGUAUAUAUGUACAGUUAUAUAUACCUCUCUCUAUAUAUAUAUAUGUAUAGUGAGUGUGGCUUAGUACUAGAUCUCAGCAUGUCUCCCGCCCCAAGAGAAUUCACUUUACUUUCAGCAGUCACUGAGGGGCUAAACAUGCUGCAAACCAGCUCACCCAACAACCACAAGGAAGAUGGUCUCCAGAAUGCUGUGUCCUAGGCACCAAAGGUGACACUGUCGGUGGGAGUUGACCUCUUUGCCAGUGUUUCUCCCACCUGAAGCAUGAUAGAUGUGAAAAAGCACUACUAGGUGACGACAGCCAUGCCCUCCCUAUUGGUCCCCUGUUAGGGGAAAACAAUAACAGAGUCAUUCUUACUGGUGUACCAUUAUUGUACUUUCAGAGAUUACUUUGUGUAGAUGGUGUACAUUACUGUUGUCUGACCUGGAUAGGGGGAGAUGUGUAAUGAUUUCAAGACUGUUUAACUGUAGGUCAAUGAAAUAUUUGCUGAUUUAUAUUCAGAGAUUUACCACAUUAAAAAGAGGCAUCUUGUAUUUUCUUCUCAUUUGUAAUGUAUCUUAUUUAUAUAUUAAUGAAAUAAGUUCUGAAUACUGUUUAUGGUAUUUUCGUGCAUUUGUGAGCCAAAGAGAAAAGAUUAAAAUUAGUGAGACAUAUUUAUAUUAGAGUGCCCUUAAAAUAAUGAUUUAAGCAUAAGUGUACUGUCUAACGCUGUACAUUGAGUCGUGUAUAUGGAAAUUCUCUUACUUCGGUAGCAUCUGCUCUUCUCUUACCCUGUCUGGCUGUGUGUCUGGUGUUCUCAAUGCUUUUCUAGUAACUGUUGGAUAAUAACUAGAUCUCCUGUAAUUUUGUAGUUGUUCAUGACCAAUCUCUGUGACUCGCUUAGCUGAAACCUAAGGCAAUGUUUCUGAAGAUCUCUGAUAAAUCGACUAGUCUCACAACUGUUUUUCAAGGAAACGAAAUCCACACUGUGCGUUUUAGAGUAUGCAAGAAAAAUAUAAAUAAAUAUAUUCUCCAUGGAGAAUUUGAACAAAA